AAAGACGUCAAAUAUUAAAGAAACUUAUUACGGAAGCCUUGCUUCAUUAUUUAGAUACAGAGACUUUAACAGAUGUCAAGUAUUUAAUGUAGAUUUUAAUACAUAGUGUACAUUACAAAACAAGAAAGACAAUAUGGAUUUCCAAAACCGCCCUGGCGGUAAAACCGGUGGAGGAGGUGUAGCAUCAUGGUCCGAAAGCAAUCGCGAUCGACGCGAAAGACUUCGGCAACUAGCUUUGGAGACUAUAGAUUUAAAUAAAGAUCCAUAUUUUAUGAAAAAUCAUUUGGGUUCAUAUGAAUGUAAAUUGUGUUUAACACUCCACAAUAAUGAAGGCAGUUACUUGGCUCAUACCCAAGGAAAGAAGCAUCAAGCUAACUUGGCACGUCGAGCUGCCAAGGAAGCUAAGGAAGCUCCACAACAGUUAGCCCCUGAGAAACCAAGAAUUGAACCUAAAAAGUUUGUUAAAAUUGGUCGGCCUGGUUAUAGAGUAACUAAGCAAAAAGAUCCAGAAAAUGGACAGCAAAGUUUGCUAUUUCAAGUUGAUUAUCCUGAAAUAGCUGAAGGUGUGCAACCCAGACAUCGUUUUAUGUCAGCUUAUGAGCAGAAAAUUGAACCACCAGAUCGUAGGUGGCAAUAUCUUCUUUUUGCUGCUGAGCCUUAUGAAACAAUAGCUUUUAAAGUGCCUAGCCGUGAGGUGGAAAAACAUGAUUCUAAGUUCUGGACCCAUUGGAACAAGGACACAAAACAGUUUUUCCUUCAAUUUGCAUUUAAAAUGGAACCAUUAAGAAUGCCUCCACCUCCUCCGAAGAUGUGGGAAAACCAUGGUAUUAGAUUGCCUCCACCACCCGGAGCCCCAAUGAUGGGUGUACCGCCUCCACCCCCAUUACUGCCUGUACCCCCACCCCCUCCAUCUAUGUAAUUUAGUUAGGUAUGAAUAUUCAUAAAUAAAUAAAAUAUAUAGUA